AUGGCGGCGGCGGUUGCGACAGGGAUUGCACCGGCGGCGAUGGUUGAUCAGGUCCCAAGUCCGACGUCUCAGACUUCGGUUCAGGUUCCGGUUUCGAUACCUGUUCCAUCUCCGGCAUUGGCGGCGGAUCAAACGCACCCAAACUCAUCGCUCUACGUGGGAGAUCUGGACCCGAGAGUCGCCGAAGCGCAUCUUUUCGAUCUGUUCAAGCAUGUCGCUACUGUUGUCUCAGUUAGAGUCUGUCGCGAUCAGAACCGUCGUUCUUUGGGAUAUGCCUACAUCAAUUUCAGUAGCCCUAAUGACGCUAUCCGAGCAAUGGAGGCGUUGAACUACACUCCUCUCUUCGACAGGCCCAUCAGGAUCAUGCUCUCGAACCGUGACCCGAGUACGCGACUGAGCGGCAAAGGAAACAUUUUCAUUAAAAACCUCGACGCAGCAAUCGACAACAAGGCGUUGUUCGAGACGUUUUCGAGUUUCGGAACAAUCCUCUCGUGCAAAGUUGCAACCGACGUGACUGGACGGUCCAAGGGAUAUGGAUUCGUCCAGUUCGAGAAGGAGGAGUCCUCUCAAGCCGCAAUCGACAAGCUAAACGGAAUGCUGAUGAAUGACAAGCUAGUCUUCGUGGGACACUUCAUCAGACGACAAGAACGUGCUCGGGACGAAAACGCCCCUACACCGCGUUUCACUAACGUGUACGUCAAGAAUCUCCCAAAGGAGAUUGGUGAGGACGAGCUGAAGAAGACGUUUGGCAAAUUUGGGUCGAUAUCGAGCGCGGUCGUGAUGAGGGACCAGAGCGGAAACUCGAGGUGUUUCGGGUUUGUGAACUUCGAGUGUUGGGAAGCAGCGGCUGGCGCGGUUGAGAAGAUGCAUGGGAUUAGUUUAGGGGAAGAUGUCUUGUUCGUUGGGAGGGCUCAGAAGAAGUCUGAGAGAGAGGAAGAGCUGAGAAGGAAGUUUGAGCAGGAGAGGGUAAACCGGUUUGAGAAAUCUCAGGGAGCGAAUCUGUAUUUGAAGAAUCUUGAUGAUAGCGUUGAUGAUGAGAAACUCAAGGAGAUGUUCUCUGAGUUUGGAAAUGUAACCUCUUCCAAGGUUAUGGUUAAUCCACAAGGACUGAGCAGAGGAUUUGGUUUCGUUGCUUAUUCCAAUCCUGAAGAAGCUUCAAGAGCUUUGAAUGAAAUGAAUGGGAAGAUGAUAGGAAGGAAGCCACUUUACGUAGCUCUUGCGCAGCGCAAAGAAGAUAGACGAGCACACUUACAGGCGCUGUUUUCACAGAUUAGGGCACCAGGGUCAAUGCCAGCUCCAAUGGGAGGGUUCCAUCACCCGCCAGGUGGACCACCUCAGCACAUGUACGUAGGGCCGAACGGGCCGGGUCUAGUCCCGUCCCAGCCCAUUGGAUACGGGUUCCAGCCUCAGUUCAUGCCCGGUAUGCGUCCAGGCUCCGGCCCGGGCAACUUCAUUAUGCCUUAUCCUCUUCAGAGACAACCUAUGGCCGGUCCACGCAUGGGAUUAAGGCGUGGUGCUGCUAACAUGCCGCAUCACAUCCAACAACAACAGCAACAAUUUAUGCACCGUAACCCGAGCCAGAGAUAUAUGAAUGGUGCUGGUAACGGGAGGAACGGGAUGGAGUCGAGUGUUCCGCAAGGAAUCAUUCCUCUGCCAGUAGAUGCUUCUUCAGUCGCUCUUGAUGCUUCUCACCCUCAACAGAAAGCUCCUCUCCUUCCAAUCUCUAAGCUCGCUUCUUCCUUAGCUUCCGCUAGUCCUGCUGAGCGCACUCGGAUGCUUGGGGAGCACCUUUACCCACUUGUGGAAAUGCAAGAAGCAGUUCACAUGGCUAAAGUGACAGGAAUGUUGUUGGAGAUGGAUCAAGCCGAGAUCCUGCACCUGAUCGAGUCACCAGAGGCACUCAAGUCUAAAGUUUCUGAGGCUAUGGAUGUUCUCAGGCUAUCUGUUGAUCCACCGGAUCAUGAUCUCGGUUUCUCUACCACCGACUGA